AUGACUGUGCGCGCAUUUAUGAUGUGCAAGGCGGGCAGUCAUGAGGGCGGAGGGCGGUGGCCCCAGUGCGCUCUGCGAGAUACCACGCCGCGCUCGCCGCCGCAGCCGAGGCUGUACCGCCCGCCACCUGAGGUGAGCCACAUAAUGCUGCUGAUGCUGCUGCUGCUAUCGUUCAUGCCGUGCGGCUUCUGGGCGCGCGUGCUUUCUAAUGCUGCGCUCGCGGCCGCAGCGCCGAGGCUCUACCGCUCUUACCGGCAGAGGUGA